AUGGGCUUCCACAUGGCAGGACACAUCCGCAAGAAGAUGGAUCCAGCUUCGACCCUCUUCAUCAACGAUAUUUCUCUGGCAUCAUGCAAGCGCUUUGUAGAGUUAUUCAGCCAGUUCGGACCAGUCGAAGUGACAGAGACUGCCAGAGAUCUUGCCAACCAGAGCAAGGUGAUUCUGUCCAUCGUCCCGCAAGGAGCCAACGUUCGAGCCGUCUAUUUAGAAGGCUCUGGUGCCAUAAUAAAAGCUAAUAAAGGGGACCGCUUGAUCCUUGAAUGUAGUACAAUCGAUAUGAACACGACAAGGGAUGUCGGCCGUCAAAUUACUGAUGCAGGCAUUGGGACUUACGUCGACACUCCAGUCUCAGGAGGAGUGGUAGGCGCUCAAAGUGGUGCCCUCGCAUUCCUCGUAGGUCAUAAGGACAACAGUGUCGACCCCGUUACCCGGAAAAUCCUUGAGAUUGUGACGAUGAUGGGCCCUCCUGCAAAGGUUUCGUUCUGCGGGAACCUCGGCAAUGGGCUGGCCGCCAAAAUUACCAACAAUUAUAUUGCCUGCUCGGUGCUUCUUGCUACUGCAGAAGCCAUGGCAGUGGGUAUCCGGGCAGGCGUCGACAAGAAGGUCCUCUACGACUGUAUCCGCAAUUCCACAGGCCAGUCUUGGGUGCUAGAAAAUAUGCUACCAGUUCCGGGGAUUGUGCCUCACGCUCCGAGCAGCAAUGGCUACCAUCCAACUUUUAGACCGCACAUGAUCAUCAAAGACAUUAGCCUCGCCAUAGAAGCAGCGGAGCAGACAGGAAUCGAAGCAACUGUUGCAAAAACGGCAUUGGAGGUUUUCAAAAAGUCGGCCGAGGACCCUCGCUGCGUUGACCGAGACUGUACGUCGGUUUGGCUUAUGAUUAUGGAUGAGGAGGAAGAGGGUUCAGGCAAUUAG